AUGGUGCAUCCGGUCACGAGGGAGUGCGGGCGCAAGGGUGGUGCUUUGGGCAAGCAAGCAUGGAGCUUUGGGCAGGCGUUCUACUGCUACCCGUUCUACAAGAAGUGGGAGAAGGAGUACUUGGAGGUGGUGUUCGGCAAGAACACUGUUGGUGCUCAAGCAAGUCCCAGCAAUGCAGGCACAGCCAUGGUGGAAUCCCCUGAUUUGAAGAUGAACACUGAUGGAGGAGUACGCAACAAUGGUUGGGUGAAGAGGGAAGUUGUAUCUGCUGAAAUGGUGAAAGAAGUAGUCAUGGUGCUUAAGGCUAUAUUUGUAGUCUGUGUUGCUCUACUGUUUGUGCUCAUUCUUUUUCUGUUAGUCCUAUUGGUGAAGUAG